AUGCGUACGGGUCAAUUGUUAUUAAAGCUGCGGCACAUCUCCGGUGGCUGGAAGCUGCAUCAGCCACGGCUCGGCAGCUUGUUGAUAUACGUAGUGUUCUGCAGCGCUUUGCUAUCUCACAAUGCCAUUGUGCUAGCUAGGCAAAACCUAAGCGCACCGGCCAGCGGUGAGAAGCCGGUAGGUCAAUUGUCACUCGUUAAUCUGUUGUUCGAUACCAGUAGCGAAUCGCUAACGAGUGCAAAUCAAUUAAAACAUUCUGACGAUAAAACAGGAAAAAUAGGCUCGAUCUCUACGUCGUCGGACGACGGCGUUGAUCAUAGCAAUGAGAUGUCGGACGAACUUGGCAACUUGGCCGUUGAGGGUAAACACGGUGACGAACACAACAACGGACGGUAUCUCAUUUCGCAGGUGCAAUUUUCCCGCGUCGAAACUCCGUUCGUAAUCGGCGUCUGGAUUUUGUCUGCUACCAUAGCAAAGAUUGUGUUCCAUAUCUCUCCCAAGUUGCGUGGUAUAUUUCCUGAAUCCUGCCUGCUGCUUGUGGUCGGCGUAUUAGUCGGUGGACUACUAUGGUCUUUAGCAAAUCUGCACGUGCCACCCCUGACACCGAGCACGUUUUUCUUCUACAUGUUACCACCGAUCAUCCUCAAUGCUGGAUACCUUAUUCCAAACCGCAAAUUCUUUGAAAACAUUACCACCAUCCUUCUGUUAGCGGGGAUUGGCACGAUAUUUAAUGUAGCCACCAUCGGUAGUUCGUUAUGGGUCUGUGGACAAACGGGCAUCUUCGGCGUCGACUUACCGUUCCUGCACAUCUUCCUGUUCGCUUCGCUGAUUGCAGCGGUCGAUCCGGUGGCGGUGCUCACUGUAUUUGGGGGUAUUCAAGUCAACGAAGUGCUGCACAUAGUAGCAUUCGGUGAAAUGUUACUUAACUAUGCUGUCACUGUCAUUCUGUAUCACAUAUUCGAGGUGUACAACGCAAUUGAUGUUGAGCAAAUCAUACCCAUGGACAUCCUGUCGGGAAUUGGGUCAUUCUUUGUGAUUGCCUUGGGCGGUUCCAUUAUCGGUGUCAUCUGGGGCUUCGUGACCGGUUUGGUGACACGAUUUACCGAUCACGUACGUGUUAUCGAGCCGAUAUUCAUCUUUGUGAUGGCUUAUCUGGCGUACUUGAAUGCGGAAAUUUUAAACAUGAGCGGUAUCCUUGCUAUCACUUUCUGUGGACUAACGAUGAAAAAUUACCUCGAGCAGAAUGUGUCGCAAAACUCACGCACAACAAUUGAGUACACACUGAAAAUGUUGUCCUCCUCGGCGGAAACGAUCAUCUUCAUGUUCCUUGGCGUGGCUACCAUUAACAACCAGCAUGUGUGGAACACUUGGUUCGUUUUGCUGACAAUAAUAUUCUGUUUGGUGUAUAGGAUUUUAGGUGUUUUCAUACUGUCUACGUUAGCGAAUUGUUUUAGACUUCAGAAGCUUACCAAUGUAGAUCAAAUUGUUUUGUCUUACGGAGGCCUUCGAGGAGCGGUUGCGUUCGCUUUAGUGUUACUGGUGGAAAAGGAGCACAUUCCGCUGCAGCCACUGUUCUUGACGACAACGAUUGCGGUCAUUUACUUUACUGUGUUGCUGCAGGGCAUCACUAUCAAACCGCUAGUCAAAAUUCUGGACGGUGAACGCUCGUAUCAGCCCAAACCAACCACGAACGAAAAUAGCCAAGAAAUGGACAUGGUUUAG